AUGAGCACAAUACAGAAUAUCAAGAACUUCAUUAGGCAUGGCAAGCAAGCCCGUCUAGUCACCCCUCACUCCGAGCCCACCACCGACGUUUCUACCGUUCAUGCCGAGCAACAGCGACAGCCAUUAGGCCAAUAUUCACCCGCCUUGGAAGCUUUUGGGCCCGAAGGCAGGGUCAAUGCGCCCCAGAAGCAGGCUGAUUCACAGGUCAGGCAAGAUCGCUCUGCUGAGAUUGAACGCUUGGUCGCAGAAGAAAAUUUGAGUCGAUCUAAAAUGCCCAAAUACCCGGGCCUGGAUCGCUGGAUCCUGGUGGAAAAGAUGGGCGAUGGUGCUUUUAGCAACGUCUACCGGGCUAAGGAUACCACAACGGAAUAUGGCGAGGUGGCCAUCAAGGUCGUCCGGAAAUUCGAAAUGAAUAGCAAUCAGCGAGCAAAUAUCCUCAAGGAGGUUCAGAUUAUGCGCAACCUUGACCACCCCAAUAUCACCAAACUGAUCGACUUCUCCGAAUCACGACAAUAUUACUACAUCGUCCUCGAGCUUUGCCCCGGCGGCGAAUUAUUCCAUCAGAUCGUGCGAUUGACCUACUUCAGCGAGGAUCUCAGUCGGCAUGUUAUCACCCAGGUCGCACAAGCAAUUGAAUAUUUGCAUGAGACAUCAGGUGUCGUUCAUCGUGACAUCAAACCCGAAAAUCUCCUGUUUUACCCGAUUCCCUAUGUCCCAACCAAAAACCCUAAGCCCAAGCAACCCGGCGAUGAAGAUAAAGAAGAUGAGGGAGAGUUUAUUCCUGGCCAUGGCUCAGGUGGCAUUGGCAAGAUCAAGCUCGCAGAUUUCGGUCUGUCCAAGGUGAUCUGGGAUAGCCAAACGAUGACACCUUGCGGUACAGUCGGGUAUACUGCUCCAGAGAUCGUCAAGGAUGAGCGCUACUCCAAAAGUGUAGAUAUGUGGGCAAUGGGAUGUGUGCUCUACACUCUGCUAUGCGGUUUCCCUCCAUUCUACGACGAGAGUAUCCAGGUCCUCACCGAGAAAGUCGCACGCGGCCAAUACACCUUCCUGUCACCAUGGUGGGAUGACAUUUCCAAGUCUGCCCAGGACUUGAUCUCUCACCUUCUCACCGUGGACCCCGAGAAGCGGUUCACGAUCAAGGAAUUCCUUGAGCACCCCUGGAUCCGCGGCACAGACGAGGAAACCACCGCCGCCGCCGACGCACCCCCUUUGGCCACACCCCUCCAAACCACUGAGAAGGGCCAACAAUUCGACUCAAUCAGCGCCGAGCACGGCCCCUACCAACCUGCCAGUGCCCGCUUCCUCGACCAGCCCUCCGUAACAUCCGACCGCCGUAUGGACUUCCGAUCUCCCGGCGCAUUCAACCUCCGUGAGGUCUUCGACGUUGGCUACGCAGUCCACAGACAAGAAGAAGAAGGCAAGCGUCGCGCCAAUGUGCGCAACACAAACCGCACCGGCACAGCUGGGUUCCAGUCGGCCCUCGGCGCCCUCAACGAAGACUACGACGACGAACCAGAAUACAACCAUCAUCUAGGCGGCCAGCCCCCAGAAAAGGUAACCAAGGCCCAAGGCACCGGCGAGAUGGCCGGCAUGGAAGCCAAGCUGCGCUCCACAAACCUCAGCAACCAGAGCAGCGCCGCCCAAGCACGAACUGCUCCCCACCAACAGAAGGCCCGCCAGGGCUACGGCAUGCACGACGCUAACGUCGCCUCCGCGGCAAAGAGCACCCUCCGCAAGUCCCACCAACCAUUCGAGCUCACCCUCGACGGCGCCACACUCCUCGAGAAGCGUGGUCGUCGUAAUCAGCCGGUGUCAUAG